GUUUCCUCCUGUUCAGAUAUUUUCGUAAAGCCAGAACAAGAAGACAAACACAUGGAUAAGCAGCAACGCCGGCACGUUCCUUCUUCAUUUGCCACUCUUCCAUGGGUAAGCUUUCUGGCUGUUUCUGCUGUUCAUAACAACCAUUAAAUCAUCUGUUCCCAUUAUUAUGACGCAAAAGCCAUACACCCCUCUUUUCAAAAUCCUUCACUAGAAUUUCCAGGUUAUUGUUUAUUUGAGAUAUUCUUUUCUAGAAUCCGUGGUUCUUUGAGUAGUGGUAUUUUCCUGCUAUUUGUAUAUACAGGCUGCUGAGGGUAUGGACUUGAUAGUACCUAGUAAUCCCGCCCAAGAAGGGUUUUGCUCAUUUCAAAACUUUCAUAGGGAAACGACAAAAAGUAGUAGUUUCAUUGGAGCUAGGGUUAGAAAUAGAGCUGGUAAACACAAUGGUUCAGUGAAAGUUUUUUUGGGUAGAAAAGCUCGCUUUGUUGUUCUAUCUGCUGAUGGCAUGGAGGGUAAAAGGCCUGAGCGAUUCAGAAAGCAAAGGCUUAGUCAGGUUUUUGCUGUUGCAAAAGUUGAGACCUUUGGUUUAAAUGGUAAGAUUCAAAUUCUUGAGAAAUACCCAUCUGGGCAUAUGUCUUCUGGUUCGGCAAAUUCUUCCCAUAGUUCUGAGGAAUUCAAGAGUAAUAUUCGUCUACGAAGACGUAGAAAUGGAGAAUUAGAGGCAGGAUUUAAGUCUGAGAGCAUGGUUUAUCAGGGUGAUAUUCCUGAUAUUAUUGCAUGCACGAGUUUAAUUCGUGGGUUUUGCAAGAUUGGUAAAACUAAGAAAGCAACCAGGAUAAUGGAGAUUUUAGAAGGGUCUGGGGCGGUUCCUGAUGUUAUAACUUAUAAUGUUUUAAUAAGUGGAUAUUGCAAGGCAGGAGAAAUUGAUAAUGCCUUACUGGUUUUGGAUCGAAUGUGUGUUUCUCCAGAUGUUGUCACCUAUAACACAAUUCUGCGUUCUUUGUGUGAUAGUGGGAAACUUCAGCAAGCAAUGAAAGUUCUUGACAGGCAGUUGCAGAGGGAAUGUUAUCCAGAUGUAAUUACUUAUACCAUAUUGAUUGAAGCAACUUGCAAAGAAAGCGGGGUUGGCCAGGCUAUGAAGCUCCUGGAUGAAAUGAGGAGUAGGGGAUGUAAGCCUGAUGUGGUUACUUAUAAUGUUCUUGUGAAUGGUAUUUGUAAGGAAGGGAGGUUGGAUGAAGCGAUCAAAUUUUUGAAUAACAUGCCAUCAUAUGGAUGCCAACCCAAUGUUAUUACCCAUAACAUUAUUUUGCGUAGCAUGUGCAGUACUGGGAGAUGGAUGGAUGCUGAGAGACUAUUAGCAGAUAUGCUUCGAAAAGGAUGUUCGCCUAGUGUUGUUACCUUCAAUAUCUUGAUUAAUUUCUUGUGCCGAAAGGGUUUGUUGGGUCGAGCAAUUGACAUACUGGAAAAGAUGUCUCAACAUGGAUGUACUCCAAAUUCCUUAAGUUACAAUCCCCUGCUUCAUGGGUUUUGCAAAGAAAAAAAGAUGGAUAGGGCAAUAGAAUAUUUGGAAUUAAUGGUGUCUAGGGGGUGUUAUCCUGAUAUUGUGACCUACAACACUUUGCUUACAGCUUUAUGCAAAGAUGGGAAAGUUGAUGUUGCAGUCGAGAUUCUUAAUCAGCUAAAUACCAAAGGCUGUUCUCCUGUUUUGAUCACAUACAACACGGUGAUUGAUGGCCUUUCAAAGGUGGGAAAAACAGAACAAGCAGUAGAGCUUUUAGAAGAGAUGCGUAGAAAGGGUCUAAAACCUGAUAUAAUUACAUAUUCUUCACUCGUUGGAGGACUUAGUAGGGAAGGGAAGGUCGAUGAAGCAAUCAAGUUUUUUCACGAACUUGAACGCAUGGGUGUCAGGCCUAACUCUAUCACCUACAACUCUAUAAUGUUGGGACUUUGUAAGGCUCGGCAGACUGAUCAUGCAAUUGACUUCUUGGCUUAUAUGGUGCAGAGAGGAUGUAAACCCACUGAAACUACAUACACCAUUCUCAUUGAAGGUAUAGCUUAUGAAGGUUUGGCAAAUGAGGCCCUAGAGUUGUUGAAUGAGUUAUGUACCAGAGGAUUUGUGAAGAAAAGUUCAGCAGAACAGGUGGCUGUUAAGAUGUAGUAUAUUUUUUCAUGCCAUCUUUUAUCCUAAGAUGGCCUCUUGUAUUCUUGUGGCUUAACUCCUUGGAAAUAUAUUAUUAACUCCAUUAUGGAGGGAAAUGGUUUUAAAGGAGCUUAUAGUCAACACAGUUUCUUGUUUCUAGAAGCAAUAUAAGAAUUCAAUUUUGGUAGGGGUAGAUUCUGCACUUUCUGUCUGUGAGUUAUCCUUUAUAUGUCUCAUUAUGAAUAUACAUUCGGCCAUGAGUCAUCUCUCCCUUCUUUAAGGUA